AUGGCGAAAUACUUCAACAGGCAUUUCCUAAAAACGUUAGCGCUGUCCACUGGUGUUGGUGCCGUUAGUGGUUACGCAGUGUACUCGUUCCUUGGAUCCAACGAUACAGAAGUCCUGGUGCAGAAAGGAAUAGAACAGAGGUACUACAAGGUAUUCGAGAACAAGGAAACCAAAUGGGAUUCUAACUGGGACAAGUGUUAA